AUGGUGGCAACGUUCAAGAUCGCCGUGCUGGGAGCCCAGGGCGUGGGCAAGAGCGCCAUAGUCCGGCAGUUCCUCUACAACGAGUUCAGCGAGGUCUGCGUGCCCACCACGGCCCGCCGCGUCUACCUGCCCGCCGUCGUCAUGAACGGCCACGUCCACGACCUGCAGAUCAUGGAUUUUCCCCCCAUCACCGCCUUCCCCGUCAACACCCUGCAGGAGUGGGCGGACGUGUGUUGCAGGGGGCUCCGGAGCGUCCAUGCCUACAUCCUGGUCUAUGACAUCUGUUGCUUUGACAGCUUCGAGUACAUCAAAACCAUCCGCCAGCAGAUCCUGGAAACCAGGGUCAUCGGCACUUCGGAGACGCCCAUCAUCAUCGUGGGCAACAAGCGGGACCUGCAGCGGGGCCGGGUGAUCCCGCGCUGGAACGUCUCCAACCUGGUGAAGAAGACGUGGAAGUGCGGCUACAUCGAGUGCUCGGCCAAGUACAACUGGCACAUCCUGCUGCUCUUCAGCGAGCUCCUGAAGAGCGUGGGCUGCGCCCGCUGCAAGCACGUCCACACCACCAUCCGCUUCCAGGGCGCCCUGCACAGGAACCGAUGCACCAUCAUGUGA